UCAAAAUGUAUUCGGCCGUGUGUAUUUCCGAUUUCGACAGCGACGAGGACAAUUAUCCGUAUUAUAAUAGUGGCGCCAACUACGAUAACAACAAUAACAGCAGCAGCAGCAGCAGCAGCAGCAGUACGCAGAAUUCACAGUCGCCUCAUGUAUACGAAUUCGGCAAAUUCGAGGAAAACUAUGGCUGGAUUCAAUGCCGGUCCAAGAGUUAUCCCAAUCGCGUGUACUACCACAACACGCGGACUGGCUGCAACACGUGGUAUAGACCUGUUUCGCAUUUCAUGGACAUCCCAUUCGUCUCUGUUAGAAGGGCAAAUUACACGGACGAUACUGUGGAACAGACGAACGAUUUGGAAUUGAUGUCAGUAUCAGACGAUGAGAAAGAGAAACAAGUUCCUGCACGCGAUGGCGACAAAUCAUUGAUCGAUGCCAUGGAUAUCAUGGCGCGAUAUUACUACACUCCCCAGAUUCUCGACACGAUUGAUGACUCGUCCAAUAUGAUGGACGGGAAUGACUAUUACAAGGAAAAGAAACAAGCGGACAUAGACGAUGAGAACAACAACGUAAAUGAUUCGCCAUUAUACCCCAUGAAUUUUCUCGAGAACGAAUAUUUCGAGGAUACCGAGGAGAAGACUCAUCACAUAUUGGAUUCUCCGUUGAGCGAUAACACUUCGGACAUGUCUUCCUUGUCAACGAAACUGCCCGCUAUAUACAGAGUACCGCGUUUAAAGAGGAUCAGCGUUGAAUGCCAAUUGAUCAAGCCAGGAAGAACGUAUCUCACCAGGAGUCGGGAAAAGCCAGGACCCAAGAAGAUCAUAAGCGACAUGUAUGGCGUACGGACCAUCAGCUAUAAUCUGCCUGAACCGGAUGAGGUGUGUGCGGCGAUGGGUGUGAAAAUAUCAAAGCUGAGCGAUAGCGACAGCGACGCGGGCGUACUAUCCUCGCCGUCGCGACGCACGAAAACGACGCGACUGUUGGAGUCCGAAUGGCGCGAUAUAGAGAAGAACUUGCAUCAACCGUUACUGAGCGACUCAAGUUCCAGUUCGUCGUCCGAUACGACCAGCUCCAGCUCUAGCUCGAGUCAAAGUAGCGACUCCAGCUCCAGCUCUUGCUCGUGUUCUUCAUGCGACAGAAGUGCUUGAUGCUCGAUCGAAAUAUCCUGUUAUCUUUAUG